AUGGCGAACGCUUCGCCGCAAUCGGCGCAGCUUCCGUCGCCGAACGCCUCCGCGAGGAAGUCGUCUCAUGGGUUAUCUGCCUCACUCCCCCUCUCCCCUCCUUCCGCUUCCCCCCUCCUUCCGCUCUCCCCUCCUUCCGUUUUCCCCUCCCCCGCGCGCAGAUCCUACUACAAGUGCGCGUGGUCUAAGGCGGCGGUGCCGUGCGUCGCGAAGAAAGUGGUCGACGUUAAUCCGGAUCAUCCGCUCAACUCGCGCACGCAAUACUCGGGCGCGCACAACCACGCGGAAACCGGCGCAAUGCCCAAGGACCUCCGCGGAAAAUCUGCCGGCGCGGCCGGCGGAAAGUCCCCCAGCGAGCAACAGCCCGAGAACUCGUCUCCGCCUUCCGCCUCCGCGGCUGCCGCAUCCGGCACCGCAUCUGGCGCGUCCGGCGCGCUCCCGUCCUCGUAUCGCCGCAUCCGCAAUCGGUGGAACCCGCAGGACCCGGUUAGCAUCUCCGCUCCCGUCGCCGCCGCCAUAUCCGCCGCGAUUCCCUCUUCGAACGUCGCGGAGGACUGCGACAUGACGGAGCCGCGUGAGCCCGGAAACGCCUGCGACUCGGAGAAGCCGAUUCAAGAGAAAACGAGCCAAUCACCGUCGAGGAACCAAGUUAACGCUGCUGGAUCCGCUGUCAUCUCGCCUGGCCAUAAGCGGUCGAGCAGUAUGAGUGAAGGCGGAUGCGACACUAACGAGUAUGCGUAUAACGGUGUGGAGGAGAAACGAUUCUCCGCGCCUAAAAGGCGCGCCGGCUCGAUGGAGGGUUUGACGGUGUGGUCUCCUGUCGGCGCAGCCAAUCAGGAGCAGGGAUUGAGACGCUCCGCGACUUUUGCCAAUGACGACGUUAACGUUAACGUUUUCCGUCAACCACAGCCUCAACAACAGCAGCAGCCGAAGAGCGAGUGCGAGCCGAUUCGCAUGACGGAAUCCGGCAACUUGAGCCCGUCGGCCGCGCCGCUGACGCCAAUCACGACAGACGCUAACGUCAACGUCAACGUCAACGUUAAGGUCAACGCGACUAGUUCAGCGCUCGACACGGCGCCUGUCACGCCCCGACGGACGGCAACAGCAGGCGAAGCGACGGCAGUGUUCUCAAGUCCCCUGCAGGCGAAAAAGUGCCGUUUGAAGCUGACUCAACUUCAGACGGACUUCGAUAUAGUCACAGGCGACGACCCCGAACCGCUCGUUCUUCCAGCCGCGGAAACCGGCCACGUCAGCAGCGCGCCCGCCGCCGUUCCCGGCGCUCGCACCGACUCGCGCUUCGUCUCCCCCUGCGGCCCCCACACCGUCGGCUCGAUUCGCCGCUGUCCCAUCACGCCACGUGGAGUCGCCUCCGCGUCUCCCGCCGGCACUGCCGCCGCGAGCUUCUCCUCCGCGUCUUGGGAUGCGUUUCCAAGCCCUAGCCUCGCUUUCACUCCAACGGGUGUUUCCGCCAAUAGCGGGGAUGUUAUUAAAGGAGAAUUUCCCGGGUUUACCCCGCCUGCCAGCACCCCCACGAGCGGGUAUUCUUCCGCGCAACAGCUUCCGCUCCCCUCUCCCCGUGCGCACGCUCCGCCUCCGCUGUUUGUAAGCCCGCGCGGGGGAAGUUCGGGGGGAGCUCCGCGCGAAGCUGGCUUUCCCCGGGCGUCUCCGCGCGCGCAACUCUCCGCGAAUGCUUUCUCCCCGCCUAGCUGCGGAACCGGCGGAACCGGCGGAAGCAGCAGCGGAGUCUCCCCUCGCCUGCUCCCCGCGCUCCCCGCGCGCCUGCCCGCCCGCCAGUCUUCCGCCAAGCUGCCUCCCGCGUACCCAAGCUCCUCCUCUGCCGCUUCGCCAAGGGGUAACCACUCCAGCGCUGUAACCACAGCCUUGGACUCGGCGCUAGGUUCGGCACUAGGUUCGGCACUUGGUUCGGCACUAGGCUCGGAAAUGAGUAUGGAGAAGCUUGCUGCAGAGCUCAGUCGGUUGCAAAAUGUAACCACUGCUGGUGGUAACCCUAAUUCUGGUUCUGGGAACUGCAGUGACGCUGGCAGCCGUGGUAACGCUGGUAACCAAAGCGAAGUGGAUAACCGAAGUGUUGGUGGUAACCACAGCGACAGUGGUAACCAGAUUGGUGGUGGCAAUCGCGAGCAGUCGCUGGUGGCGUUGGCGACGGUCGUUGCAGCAGUGGCGAUUGCGGCUCAGAAUAAGCAGAAGCAAGAGGAGGAGAUUCGGCUGCAGCAGCAGCGGCAGCAUGAGGAGGAGAGGGAGAGACUUUUGGGUCUGCUGAAGAAAUAUCAGGUGCUGCUGCAGCAGAAGGAAGGGGGUCGGCAGGAGGAGGUGGGAGGCCAGAACACUAAGGAGCAGCAGCAGCAGAAGCGGGAGGAGGAAGAGAGGGAGCAGAAACGGAGUGCCCCUGCUCCCCCUACCCCUGCACCUUCCGCUCCCCCUACUGCCGACCCUCCUGCUGCCCCUACUGCCGCCCCUUCCGCUGCCACUCCUGUUGCCACUCCUGCUGCCGCUACUGCUCCCGCCACUGCCACGGAUCCCAACGCUGCAAGCAUCAGCCUCCUCCUGAAGCUGCUAUCCGAGAAGCUGCAAGGCCAGGUGGUAACCCCCCCUGCUGCAAGUCCCGUCAAGCCGUGCCGCUCGGGGAGCGGAACUACCGUUGGCAACGAGGCCGUUUUAGGCAGGUGUGUGUCUGCUGCUGAGCUGGCAGCGUCUGCUGAGCUGGCAGCAGCUGCUGACGUGGCACUCGAGGAUGCAAACGAGCCAGCUGGCAAGUCAAUCGGUCCAGAUCGAGACUCUCCGGCUGAGCAUGAUCCUAUGACGGACGACUGUCAUGUAACGGAUCCGUGGGCCUGGUUACCACCUGGUUCCGGUGAGGUGGAUGGAAUGAUUAUCACUGAAGCAGCAGCGGCUCUACCCCAUGCUCCUGCCGCUGCUGCUCGUGCUGCUGCUGCUCCUUCUCCUGCUCCUGCUGCUGCUCCUACUGCUGCUCCUCCUGCUGCUGCAGCUGAUGUUAGUACUGGUGGUGCUGCUACUGCAGCAGCAGCCACUGCUCUGUAUCAGCACCUGGAGAAGCUUCUAGCCGAUAACCCUCUCCCCACACCCGCUCCUCCAUCGCGACCUUUUCCAUCUCAACCGCUUCCAACCUGCCCGACUGCUGCUGCUGCUGGUGGUGCUGCUGCUGCAGGUGGUGGCUCGUGUGUUGAUGGGUCAGAGGAUUUGGGUGCGACCCAUGCUGACCUCAAUAAUGCUCCUGACUGCCUUGAUGCUGCUGCUGCUGCUGCUGCUGCUACUGGCAUUGAUGGUACUCCCGGCAGUGGUGCUGAUGGUGUUCCUGCAACUAAUAGCUCUGACGCUGCUGCAGCGAACCACCUCUCUCACCUUGAUGGGCUGCUGGAGUGCAACCAUUCGCUGCUUGACAUGUGUGCAGGAGCGGAUUUCCUCAGCCUUAAAGACCUGCUAGCUGAUGGUGUCUGGGUCGCAUCUUCGCCCGGCGUCGACAACAACGAGUAUGGUGAUGACGCCGCCGACAGCGACUACAACGAGAGCGCCGAGGGCACCGACGACGAGGCGGACUCGGGCGAAGAGGAGGACAAGGGGAUGUCCGACUCCGAUGACGACGCUGGUGGUGAUGACGCCGCCGACGAUGACAAGGAAGCACCUGAGGAGACCCAGCCCGUUGCUCCGACUUCUCGCCGCGGUCGCCCGAAGUCUGCUUCCAGCGUCAAGACCGCCGCAAAGGGUGGCGAUCCUGCACGCCCUGCUCCGAAAACCCGAACCCACGUCCCGAAGAAGCGGACCUGCUGGUCGAACCUGGAGAGCACCAUCUUGGUGGUCGCGCGCUGGUUCAUGAAGGACGAGCUCGAGCCACUCGUCGGCAAGCAAGGCUCCCAGUAUUGGGCUCGCCUCGUCAGUCACAUCGAGAAGGAGAACACGGGAUGGAAAGGGGAGAAGGCAUCCGGCAAGGGUGCGGUGUGCAAGCCGCCGUGGUUCCCGUACAUGGAGCUCUACCAGCACAAUCGUGCCGUCGCCAACCCGCACGCCGUGGACGGAGGAGGUGCAACACAUGUCAAUGUGCCGUGUGGUUUCACGGUUUCAGCCCCCCCUCCGCAGUGUACUCCUACUUCCAAGCGCCCGCGGGUUGCGGAGACAGCAACCAUGACCGCCACCAAGCUCGUCUGCGACACCAUCAAGGGAUGCCACACGGACGCAAUGAACAAGCUCGAAGGCCUCGCCCGCGCCUGGAUGCAGCAGGAUGAGCGAAUUGCACGCGAACGGCUGCAGCAAACCACGGCAACUGCACAGACGCGCAACCACGUCCCCGCGGCCGCUGACGCCCAGCCCGCUACCAACGCCGGCGAAGGCGGUGACGACGGAUGGCUCCGUCGCGGGGGUUCGGCGGACGGCGCUGCUAACCCGGAUGCGGACGCGGAGGUGCGGGUUCGCGGCGACGCCGAGUAA